AUGCAGACUGCGCAGCGGUCGUGGGAGCUGGAAAACGCCGUCAGUCUCAUCGACCCUCAACGAGACGCGCUAUAUCAGUACGAUGAGGAAACACACAAGACACUCAAUGCCGAGCGACCAUGGGCGAGAGACCCGCAUUAUUUCAAGUCAAUACGGAUCUCCGCCGUUGCUCUAUUGAAGAUGGUUAUGCAUGCUCGCUCGGGAGGCUCCUACGAGGUUAUGGGGCUCAUGCAGGGCUAUAUUCUCCCAAACACGUUCGUAGUGACAGACGCCUUCCGACUUCCGGUCGAAGGAACCGAGACCCGAGUGAACGCCCAGGACGAAGCCAACGAGUACAUGGUAUCGUAUCUCCAAGCAUGUCGGGAUGCGGGGAGGAUGGAAAACGCGGUUGGAUGGUACCACAGUCAUCCGGGAUAUGGAUGCUGGCUAUCUGGAAUUGAUGUGACGACGCAGGAUAUGCAGCAACUCGGCGGGCCGUUCGUUGCCGUGGUCAUUGAUCCAGAGCGCACCAUUUCAGCUGGGAAGGUCGAUAUCGGUGCAUUCAGGACAUAUCCUAAGGAUUAUACCCCACCCAAGGAGGAACAAGAGGAUGAUGAGUAUCAGACGGUCCCUCUCAACAAGGCCGAGGAUUUUGGCGCACACGCGUCUCAUUACUAUUCUCUCGAGGUGUCUCAUUUCAAGAGCGCCCUCGAUACGGAGAUCUUGUCCCUCCUCUGGAACAAAUACUGGGUCGCCACCCUCAGCCAAAGCCCCCUAUUUACGACCCGUGACUAUGGCAGCAAGCAGAUGAUGGACCUUAGUCAGAAAGUCCGAAGGGCUGCGCGAGGCAUCGAGAGCAAUGGUUCGCGGGGUGGCGCUCCCAGCACCAUGAAGGAUCAACAGCUGGAUAAGGUGGUCCGGGAUGGACAGCGGAUCGUUUCCGAGGAAGUGAAAGGCCUACUGGCUGCGGAGAUCAAGAUGAAGCUCUUCCAGGGAAUCGGAGAGAAGGGCAAAACAGAAACAUGA